AAGAACAAACAUCCACAAAAACAUGUUGGCUAUGAGUAAAUGGUUCACGCUCACACCUUUUAUGUCUAACAGGUUUAGUAAGAGAGUUGGGUUUUCCAACAGCCCUGGUUCUGUUCGAGCCCAUGUCAAUGGAGGAGGAGACGACACCAACAAUAGUAAAAACAACGACAAGAAGAAGAAGAAGAAAGUUGUGGUGGUUGGCUCGGGUUGGGCUGGUCUCGGUGCUGCUCACCAUCUCUGCAAACAGGGAUAUGAUGUUACUGUUCUUGAUGGUGGUGAUGGUAUAGGCAGUCCAGAUAAUGUCGGUAUCGAAGGGUUUUGGUAUCCCUAUAAAAAUAUAUUCAGUCUUGUUGAUGAGUUGGGUAUCAAGCCCUUCACUAGCUGGACAAAAUCUGCACAGUAUUCAGGGGAAGGAUUAGAGGUUGAAUUUCCAGUAUACCAGGAACUCCCUCAAUUGCCAACUCCAUUAGGAACCUUAUACCACACUCAAUUUGUCCGACUCCCCUUGGUUGAUAGAUUAACAUCACUUCCUCUGAUGGCUGCAGUAAUUGACUUUGACAACACUGAUGUUGCCUGGAAAAAAUAUGAUUCAAUUACUGCAAGGGAGCUUUUUAAACGGUUUGGAUGCUCAGAGAGGCUCUAUCAAGAUAUUUUUGGUCCGUUACUUCAAGUGGGUUUGUUUGCUCCAGCAGAGCAAAGUAGUGCUGCAGCAACUCUAGGACUGCUAUAUUAUUUAACUCUUGCCCACCAGAAGCAUUUCGAUGUAGCAUUUUGUCGUGGAACUACUAAGCAGAAAAUUUUCGAGCCAUGGGUGGAGUCUUUGAAGGCUAAAGGUUGUGAAAUGUUGGAGGAUAAAAAGGUGACAGAUUUUAACUUCGAUGAGGAAACAGGUUGCGUAACAGAAGUAGUUUGUGGCAACGAGACAUACAGUGUUGAUGCAGUUGUCGUGGCUGUCGGGAUCACCUCACUUCAAGAAACUAUCAAGAAAAGUGCAGCAUUAUGUAAACGGGAAGAGUUUCUGAAAGUUUUGAACUUAGCCGGCAUCGAUGUGGUUACUGUCAAGUUGUGGCUGGAUAGGAAGGUUGCCAUCCCGAAUCCGAGCAACGCUUGUGCUGGAUUUGAUGAUUUAUUCGGGUGCACCGUAUUUGACUUGAAUGUAAUUCAUGACGAACAUAAAGAUGAUACAGAAACUGUAUUAGAAGCUGAUUUUUAUCAUGCCAAUGAGUUGCUGCCUUUGAACGAUGAGCUUGUAACCGAAAAGGUUAUUUCAUACCUAUCAAAGUACAUAAAUGACCUCGAGAGGGCCUGUGUCGUGGACAAAGAAAUCGGAAGGUUUCCGAAAAGAUUGACUCAUUUUUUCCCGGGUUCAUAUAAGUCCAUGAUGCGUGGAUCUACAUCGUUCCCUAAUUUGUUUAUGGCUGGAGACUGGAUAAUAACCCGACACGGUUCCUGGUUACAGGAGAAAUCAUAUGUCACGGGGCUUGAAGCUGCAAACAGGGUGGUAGAUUAUCUUGAAGAAGGGAGUUUUGCCAAAGUGAUUCCUGUUGAGGAAGACGAGCCUCACAUUGAAGCACUUCGCAGCUUAAAUAGACGGCUUAACGAGGUCAUCAGCCAAGUUCCCUUGUCCAGUUAUUUUCUUCAAUAGAUCCAAUACAAAAUAAUGUAUACAACAAAUACGCACGUUCAUGCAGAAGAAUGCACCUCUGAAUUUGGGGAUCAUGUAAAGGCAAUAAUAAUUAUUAUUGACUUCAAUAUGAAUCAUGCUUAGGAAACAA